GCCUGAUCAAGGAAGUCGGUGAUUGGGGGCUCGCCGCUAUGAUAUAAGAAUAAUGUAAAAUGCAUAUGACUUGGCCUCACUAGUGCUCGCCCAAACAUCUUCACAUGGCAUAUGUUAAUGCUUAUCAACCUCCCCCUCCCGUGAAACCUGCUUACGGACCUCAUGGACCCGUCCCCUAUGACAUCAACGUUGCCUUUCCCCUCGACUUCACUCAGCUGGAGUCCCCGCGUCUGAAGCUAACGCCUUUCGUACCAUCCAUUCACGCUGCGAAAUAUCAUGCAGCAAUUUCAGACCCUGCGCACUUCUACCGUUACUAUCCCUUUCCCGGCAUAGAAGAUCCAGAGUCGUAUCUGCUGUUCAUGGACUCCUUCGUGCGCCAGAACACAUAUAGUGUCCUCUUCGCGAUCAUCGACAAAACAACCCCAGACCCAGACUACCCGGAGUGGGGAGGGAAGCUCGCAGGAACAAUUGCACUUCUCAAUUAUUCACCGACAAACCUAUCGGUGGAGAUUGGGGUUCUGUGUAUCCUGCCCGAAUUUCAGCGUACACAUGUCGCAACGCAUGCAGUAGGAACACUCCUCAAGUACUGUUUUACCAUGCCCUCUACAUCCCAGUCUGAAUUUGGCUUGGGGUUGAGAAGAGUACAUUGGUAUGCGCAUCCGGAUAAUGAGCCAUCCCUGAGACUUGCUGCUCGCAUGGGGCUCAAACGCGAAGGAACUUUGAGAUGGGCAUGGGUGUUGCCUGCCGGGAAGGUAUUCGGGAAGACACCUAGGAAAAACGAUAUGCUGGCAGGACCAGGGAGAGACACGGCAAUUAUGGCUGUGUCAUGGGAAGACUGGGAGGACGGAGCAAGCGAAAUUGUGACGACGCAAAUGGCCCGGAUGGAAUAAUACAUGGGUAGUCAAUUCACGCCAAGGAAUGCAAUAGACAAAUUCUCCUAAAAUAUACAGUA